AUGAAAGCUGCCAUUGGCACCGUGGUGCUUGUGGCGUCACUGUUUUGUGGCGUCGCAACAGCAUCUUCUUAUGUAGUUGCACCAGUUUGCUCAAAGGUGAGCCAUCUGGUGAAACUCUGGCCUGAUUAUUCUGACAAUCGCUGGUUCUUCCAAUGCACCCAACUAAACGAACGUGCUACCAGGAUGCCAUGUGCUCCUGGAACAUUCUUCAAAUUUGACUACCAGGUAUGUGUAACCGAAGAUUUGUGGAGGCCUCAUCCGUAUCCACCAGUUGGACCCGGAUAUCCUGAUCCCACUCCAGCGCCUACAUCAAAACCAACCCAAAAACCUACUGAGAAACCCACAGAGGCGCCAACUGACAAACCCACUGCAGAGCCUACUAUAGCACCAACUGAAGAGCCUACUGAAAUUCCUACCCAUAAACCAACUCACCCACCAACACAUAAGCCUACUGAGAUGCCUACUGAAAUUCCUACUCAUAAACCAACUCACCCGCCAACACAUAAGCCCACUGAGGCACCCACUGUAGAACCAACUCAUAAACCCACAGCUAGUCCUACUGAUGCUCCUACUGAAACUCCAACACAUGAACCAACACACAGGCCAACACAUAAACCAACUCAAAAACCUACAGAGGCACCUACCGAAAAACCAACCCAUAAACCCACAGCACAACCCACUGAUGCUCCUACUGAAACUCCAACUCAUGCACCAACCCAUAGGCCAACACACAAGCCGACACAUAAACCUACAGAGGCACCCACUGAAGAACCAACUCAUAAACCUACAGCAGAGCCUACUGAGGUUCCUACUGAAACUCCAACCCAUGAACCAACACACAGGCCAACACAUAAACCUACUGCGGCACCUACUGAAGAACCAACUCAUAAACCUACAGCAAAACCUACUGAGGUUCCUACUGAAACUCCAACUCAUGAACCAACACAAAGGCCAACACAUAAACCUACGGCGGCACCUACUGAGGAACCAACUCAUGAACCAACAGCAAAGCCAACCGCAGCCCCUACUGAAAAACCUACCCAUAAACCAACCGAAAGCCCUGAGACUGAGCCACCACCAAAACCCACUGAUAAGCCGACUGAUAAACCUACUGAAGAGCCAACACACAAACCAACUCAUAAACCAACUCACAGACCAACUCACAGACCAACUCACAGACCAACUCACAGACCAACUCACAGACCAACUCACAGACCAACCCACAGACCAACACAUAGACCAACUCACAGACCUACUAGACCAACACAUAAACCUACCAGGCCAACUCGCCCCACUCACAAACCCACUAAGCCUACCCACCCAACUCACAGACCUACAAGACCGACUCGCCCAACCCAUAGACCAACACGCCCUACUCACAGACCCACCAGGCCAACUCAUUGGCCAUCAAGGCCAACUAAGCCAGGACACCAUUGGCCUCCACAUUGGUGGCCUACACACAAGCCAGGACACCAUUGGCCUCCACACUGGUGGCCCACACACAAGCCUGGUAGGCCCACUCACAGACCUACUCAUAAGCCAUCGAAGCCAACACACCCAACUCGGCCCAGCAAACCAACUAAGCCCGGACAUCACUGGCCUCCACACUGGUGGCCGACCCACAAACCAGGACACCACUGGCCACCUCAUAAACCUGAUCAUGGAUCGGGACACCAUGGAUCGGGACACCAUGGAUCGGGACACCAUGGGUCGGGACACCAUGGAUCAGGAGACCAUGGAUCGGGACACCAUGGAUCGGGACACCAUGGUUCAGGACACGACGGACCAGGACACCACAGUCCAUUAGAAAAUGAAACUGGACCGCAAUUGUUGGAAAUUCCAAUCAAAAGCAUAUUUUAA